AGAGGAUAAGGAAGUGUUGUUAUAGAAUAGUCACAUCUGAAGGAGAUAAACAAACUCGGUGCGUGUGUGUUUGGGUAUGGUUCCAGCUGAUUUGGCUUAGAUUAUCGCUAAAUUCGAGCAGACACGUGCGACACAAAUCAAAUCGCGCGUUUGAAAUUCGCAGCCGCGAUUACCUUCGACUCGUAAAAAAGGCUCGUCGUCAUCAGCAGUAGAAAAUCAGACUCGACGCAGCACAACUUUACCAUCUCUCAUCGUACCGAAAAGAUCACAUAGUACUCAACGUGUAUAUAUACUCGUAUACACGCAGAGAUAUCGGUCGAUCAGGUUGGGCACCGCUAACGGUCGGUAGUCAGGCUGGUAACAUGUCCGACGAAAAAGCGCGCGCAGAUGUAUCAGCAGGCGGCCGGCCGGCUGAGCGGCGGCAGGUGCUGCCAUCUGUCUCUACUACGAGUCCAUUGAUCGGCGGCGAGCUGUCAUACGGGAUCAGCUGAUUCGGCCGAUUCACGUGGGGAGCCGAUCAGCUGUGACGCCGUCGAGGAGCGAGAGGGGGAGAGCGAGCGCGCGCAUUUCUGCCCCGCAGCAGCGCACGCUAUACAGCUUAUACAUAUAUAUCUUUCAUCAUGGAAGACGACGAGCUCACCGACGACGAUUUUAUUGUUCCGCCCUGCAAGUACGAGUAUCUGGACCACACGGCGGACGUACAACUGCACUCAUGGGGCGAAACCAUGGAGGAGGCGUUCGAGCAGUGCGCCAUCGCGAUGUUCGGCUACAUGACCGAGCUGGAGCGCGUCGAGGUGAAGCAAGUGCACCACGUGGAGGCUGAGGGACACGACAUGCAGAGUCUGCUCUUCCACUUUCUCGACGAGCUGCUCUUCAUGUUCUGCGCAGAGCCUUUUCUCGUCGCCAGGCGAGUCAAGAUCACCGAAUUCGACCGGGUGAACUUCAAGAUAAAGGCUCGCGCUGCUGGCGAGGAGUUCGUAAUCGGCAAGCACACUCAGGGCGCCGAGGUGAAGGCCAUCACGUACUCGGCCAUGCAGAUCCACGACCGGCCGGAAGUCGAGCGGCCGGAGCUCUUCGUCAUCGUCGACAUAUGAUCUCGUUCUUGGCGAGGCUCUCCUUUUUUUUCUCGCACUCGCUGCCGCUGGGGAAAAAAAAAAGAAGAAGGAGAAGAAGUAUAGGAGCGCGGCUUAUACAACAUAUAACGCUUUAAAUGGCUGCGGCGAUGUCUCGGCGACAUAUUUCAGAGUCAGAGGGAGAGGGGGAGGCUGAAAUGCAGCCCCUACGAAGUAGGGUGCAGUCCUUUUGUACUCGCGUACGCUUCGAAUAAAUACGUUACGAAAGAAACGCACCGGGCCCUGUACCCCCCCCCCCCCUUUCUCUCUCUCUCUCUCGGCGCCGGCCCCCUUUUCUCGCUCGGGCCCCGAAGUCAGAUGCGUCUAUGCUCCGAGUCGCGACUCCUUUUUUUUUGCGCGCGCGACGACGCUGCCGCCGCGUAUGUACGUAUACUUUUGUUUUCCUGUAUACCUAAGGCAGCUCGCUCGCGAAUUCGCGAGACAUUCUGAGGCGAGAGCGUACUUUUGUACCUUUUUUUUUUUUUUAACGUACGCGUAAGAUUGCGAGCUAGAGGGAUGACCUCGUUUUUUUGUACAGUGUAUAGCGUAUAUAAAUAAAAGAAUUUGAAAAAAUCCUUCCAAGUAUAUACGAAGCCUGAAAGGAAUCUGCGCUCGCAUCAUUGAAGCGUGUGUUAUAUACGGAGGAGAGAAAAAAUAAAGACCACUCAAUAACCCCC